UUUGCUAUGAAAGGCACAGUUGAUGUAUUGCUCAUCAAUCGAACAGCGAAGAACCCAUUGAUUAAGCUGGCUGGGGUCAGCUUGGUGAUCGAGCUCAAGAAGAAAGUCGAACCGGGCCAUGUUCCUCAAGCAAUUGGUCAACUUGUGAGCUGCAGCAUGAAGGCGCCUCUCAAUUGCUAUCCGCUGAGUUUGUUGACGGAUUUAAACGACCACUGGCAUUUCUCUUGGUUCAGCGACAAGCACGUUUUGACCCAACUUACGUUGAAGUAUCCAAAGAACGCGUUCAGAUUUAUCGAGGCAGCAGUACUGAGACGAACGGAGUCUGCCCCACCUCCUCCGUCAUUCAUGCCUGGAUCUGUCAAGACAAUCAAGGUUGAUGACUUCUUGCCCCAGCCGGGUGAUGCUCGUGCAGAGGAGAUGAUGGAACGAUACGAGUUGAUGGCAGAUGUGGUGGAACCAGAGUUUCUCAUGGCGAAGCGGGCGGAUUAUGCGCGACAGUUAGUCCAGUCGAUGCCUAUGUACUCUUACAUGUAUACGUAG